AUGUCGGAGCCAUCGGCGCCCAAUUCCGCCGGCCUAGGAACUAGAAAGGGAAAGGCUAAAACUUCCUCCCCUGCCUCCGACCUCGGGAGUGGGAAGCCGGUGAUCGUCAUGAUAUGCGGGAGCCUGGUGUAUUACCACUGCGCCUACCGCAAUUCCAGCCUCGUAUCCUUGGUCUCCGACGUCUUCAUCGUCCUACUCUGCUCCCUGGCCAUACUCGGCCUCCUAUUCCGGCAGAUGAACAUCCAGGUUCCGGUUGAUCCACUUGAGUGGCAGAUAUCUCAGGAUGCAGCCAAUUCCAUGUUCGCGUGCCUUGCUAACACCAUCGGUGCUGCUGAAUCCGUUCUCAGGGUCGCCGCCACCGGCCAUGACAAGCGCCUCUUCUUUAAGGUGGUUUCCAUCCUUUAUCUAUUAUCAGCCUUCGCAAGAAUUGUCUCUGCUGCUACAUUUGCUUAUGUUGCUAUUGAGCUCGUGGUUCCCUUGGCGAAAAGAUUCCUCGAGUUUGGUUCCGGAAUAGUUAGCAUUACUUAUACAUCUCCCUCUUAUUUUGGUUUAGACCUCUCAUCCCUCCUUGUUGCCUCGUUAGGAUGA